AUGGAUCUGAUAGGGAGGGUGGGCACCUGGGGACAGGAGAAACACAGACAGACUGGUGGUUUAGACUGGCCUAUAGACAGACUGGGGACGCAUGAAAGCAGGCGGGGGGGCGACCCGGUCCUGAGGAACAACUACAUCUGUCAUGGCUACUCUGACGGGGUGGUGGUGGGGGAGAGAGGCCGUGGACUCAUAGAGGGAAACCACAUCUACAGCAACAAGGGCUGUGGUGUGUGGUUGAUGUCCUCCAGCCUCCCUCAGCUGUUGGGAAACUACAUUACCCAUAACCGCAUGUACGGGCUGGCCGUGUUCUGCCGAAAGGACCCUGACGGGGGCGGGACCAGGGAAGGGAGGCAGGAGGGAGGAGGAAGAGGAGGAGGACAGGAGAACUUCCAUGAGGAAGGAGAGCUGCUGGCAUGGGAAGGUGACCUUGACAGCGAGGACGAACGUCUCUCCGCCCGGCGCUCCAUCAGCACGGCUCUGGUGGAGGGAAACUGCAUUAGCCGCAAUGGAGCGGUUGGUUUAUACGUGAAGAGCAGUGAACCGCUGAAUGUCGUUGCUAACCUAGUGAACGGUAACCGUGGCGCCGGUGUUGCCGUGCUACAGAGCAGUCAGCUGACUCGACUAGUUGCUAACUGCGUCCAUGGAAACGGGCGCGGUGGCGUCGCCGUGGAGAGGGAGUGUCGGGUGGAACUCCGCGGCAACGGUGUGUAUGACAACGGCGGCCAUGGCGUUAGUUUCCGGGGCGAUGGACAGGUGGUGGAGAACGACGUGGUGGGUAACCGUGGUUACGGGAUACGGUUGACGGACAGCGCCGAUGUCAAGGUGUUGCGUAAUCGAGUCCAGCCGGUACAGGGGUGUGGCAUCGCCGUGCUGGGACCGGCAAAGGCCGUCGUCCACGACAACCUGGUGUUCCAGGGUCACCCCGGCAACGUCAAACCCCCGCUACACCGCGACCCCGGCAACGACAGCAGCGCGCUGCGCAACAACAGCGUGCUAAAACAUAGCAACAGGACAUGUUCCUCUGCCCCUCCCUGGGUUUUGGAGAACCCUCCCCCCCGCCCCCUCUCUGACCGUCCCUCAUCCCUCCCCCCCUCCUCCUCCUCCUGUCACCCCUCCCACUUUGCCAUCUCCAUGACUACCAGGAUCACCGCCACCGUCGAGAGCGGUUGCCAUAACAACGGCAGCGUCUUCUGCACCAUCCUCUGAGGCCCUAGCAACCCCGCGCUGAAGACGGAUUGGAUGACCUCCUCACCAGGGGUCAAGAGUUCAGCCCUGACCUCUCCUGUCUCAAAACAUUGUUUUCUUAAAACAUUCCUCUGACAUGUUGAUCUAGGAACACUUGAACUCUGCAGAUGUUGUGGAAUGGCUGGACACAGAACGUUGCCUGUCUUGGGUGUUCUAGAACAUUGUCCUCCCCGGGGGUUCUAGAACGUUGUCCUCCCCCGGGGGGGUUCUAGAACGUUGUCCUCCCCCGGGGGGGUUCUAGAACGUUGUCCUCCCCCGGGGGGGUUCUAGAACAUUGUCCUCCCUGGAGGGUUCUAGAACUGUCCUCCCUGGAGGGUUCUAGAACAUUGUCCUCCCUGGAGGGUUCUAGAACAUUGUCCUCCCUGGGGGUUCUAGAACAUGGUCCUCCCAGAGGGUUCUAGAACGUUGUCCUCCCCAGAGGGUUCUAGAAGUGUCAUUGAGCUAUGAGAUCCCCACUACUGGAGGAGCUUCUAUACAGCAUUUACCACUGUGACUGGUGUGGUAUCAUGGACAGUGUCAUGUGACUGGUGUGGUAUCAUGGACAGUGUCAUGUGACUGGCGUGGUAUCAUGGACAGUGUCAUGUGACUGGUGUGGUAUCAUGGACAGUGUCAUGUGACUGGUGUGGUAUCAUGGACAGUGUCAUGUGACUGGUGUGGUAUCAUGGACAGUGUCAUGUGACUGGUGUGGUAUCAGUGGUUAGGGAUUGGAGUUUUACCUGACUAGGAAUAACUCCUAGCCUUAAUGACAUUCAAGUUUCCCCCAAAAAAUCCAGUUUCCUCACUGAAAUGUCUACUAGUGUUUUUACUGCGCUUUCUACAUGUUUUCACCACACGAGUCACUUCCUCAGUUCUCCCAGACGGGUAAUGUUCUGACGGUAGGAACUCACACACAACCUGGAUUUAGUUUAUUACAUUAAAUGUUUUAUUUGUUUAAAGAAUACUUUGA